GGGUUACAAGGGGUUACAAGGGGUUACAAGGGGUUACAAGGGGUUACAGGGGGUUACAAGGGGUUACAGGGGGUGACAGGGGGUGACAAGGGGCUACAGGGGGUUGCAAAGGAUUAUAGAAACUUUUUUCUAACUAGAACGUUCCCAGAUGCUUUUUCUUGGUCUAUUUUGCAUAAAAAUCAAAGUUGAAGAAAUCUCUAAUUUUUGAUCAAAACGAUGGACUAAUCCCAUUGGAAAAAUUCUAAUUUUGCGUUUUUCGCAAACAGUUGUUUUUAUAGUCUUUAAAGGCUUCUUUUUUAUCUAGAACGUCAGCAAACACUUUUUCUCGAUCUAUUUUUGAUAAAUACAAAAGAUGAAAAAAAAACUCAACUUUUUGACCAAAAUCAUGGACUAUCCCCUUUGCAAAAAUGUCAAUUUUGCCUUCUUUUUAAAUCCAUGUUUAUAUUGUCUAGAAAGGCUUGUUUUCUAACGAGAACGUCACCAAAUACUUUUUCUGGGUCUAUUUUGCAUAAAACGAAACGUUCACAAAAUUUCAAAUUUUUGACCAAAACCAUGGACUAACCCCUUUGCAAAAAUGCCAAUUUUGUGGGUUUUUGAAACCGAUGUUUUUUUUUUGUUCAGAAAGGCUUGUUUGCUAUAUAAAACGUCGAAAAUCGUUUUUUCACGAUCUAUUUUCACGAUCUAUGACAUGGGAAUACAGGGGGUUACAAGGGGUUACAGGGGGUUACAAGGGGUUACAAGGGGUUACAAGGGGUUACAAGGGGUUACAAGGGGUUACAGGGGGUUACAAGGGGUUACAGGGGGUGACAGGGGGUGACAAGGGGCUACAGGGGGUUGCAAAGGAUUAUAGAAACUUUUUUCUAACUAGAACGUUCCCAGAUGCUUUUUCUUGGUCUAUUUUGCAUAAAAAUCAAAGUUGAAGAAAUCUCUAAUUUUUUAGCAAAAACGAUGGACUAACCCCUUUGGAAAAAUUCUAAUUUUGCGUUUUUCAUAAACAGUUGUUUUUAUAGUCUUUAAAGGCUUUUUUUUCAUGUAGAAGCUCAGCAAACACUUUUUAUCGAUCUAUUUUUGAUAAUUACAAAACAUAAAAAAAACUUCAACCUUUUGACCAAAAUCAUGGACUAUCCCCUUUGCAAAAAUGUUAAUUUUGCCUUCUUUUUAAAUCCAUGUUUAUAUUGUCUAGAAAGGCUUGUUUUCUAACGAGAACGUCACCAAAUACUUUUUCUGGGUCUAUUUUGCAUAAAACGAAACGUUCACAAAAUUUCAAAUUUUUGACCAAAACCAUGGACUAACCCCUUUGCAAAAAUGCCAAUUUUGUGGGUUUUUGAAACCGAUGUUUUUUUUGUUCAGAAAGGCUUGUUUGCUAUAUAAAACGUCGAAAAUCGUUUUUUCACGAUCUAUUUUCACGAUCUAUGACAUGGGAAUACAGGGGGUUACAAGGGGUUACAGGGGGUUACAGGGGGUUACAAGGGGUUACAAGGGGUUACAAGGGGUUACAGGGGGUUACAAGGGGUUACAGGGGGUGACAGGGGGUGACAAGGGGCUACAGGGGGUUGCAAAGGAUUAUAGAAACUUUUUUCUAACUAGAACGUUCCCAGAUGCUUUUUCUUGGUCUAUUUUGCAUAAAAAUCAAAGUUGAAGAAAUCUCUAAUUUUUGAUCAAAACGAUGGACUAAUCCCAUUGGAAAAAUUCUAAUUUUGCGUUUUUCGCAAACAGUUGUUUUUAUAGUCUUUAAAGGCUUCUUUUUUAUCUAGAACGUCAGCAAACACUUUUUCUCGAUCUAUUUUUGAUAAAUACAAAAGAUGAAAAAACUUCAACUUUUUGACCAAAAUCAUGGACUAUCCCCUUUGCAAAAAUGUCAAUUUUGCCUUCUUUUUAAAUCCAUGUUUAUAUUGUCUAGAAAGGCUUGUUUUCUAACGAGAACGUCACCAAAUACUUUUUCUGGGUCUAUUUUGCAUAAAACGAAACGUUCACAAAAUUUCAAAUUUUUGACCAAAACCAUGGACUAACCCCUUUGCAAAAAUGCCAAUUUUGUGGGUUUUUGAAACCGAUGUUUUUUUUUUGUUCAGAAAGGCUUGUUUGCUAUAUAAAACGUCGAAAAUCGUUUUUUCACGAUCUAUUUUCACGAUCUAUGACAUGGGAAUACAGGGGGUUACAAGGGGUUACAGGGGGUUACAAGGGGUUACAAGGGGUUACAAGGGGUUACAAGGGGUUACAGGGGGUUACAAGGGGUUACAGGGGGUGACAGGGGGUGACAAGGGGCUACAGGGGGUUGCAAAGGAUUAUAGAAACUUUUUUCUAACUAGAACGUUCCCAGAUGCUUUUUCUUGGUCUAUUUUGCAUAAAAAUCAAAGUUGAAGAAAUCUCUAAUUUUUGAUCAAAACGAUGGACUAAUCCCAUUGGAAAAAUUCUAAUUUUGCGUUUUUCGCAAACAGUUGUUUUAUAGUCUUUAAAGGCUUCUUUUUUAUCUAGAACGUCAGCAAACACUUUUUCUCGAUCUAUUUUUGAUAAAUACAAAAGAUGAAAAAACUUCAACUUUUUGACCAAAAUCAUGGACUAUCCCCUUUGCAAAAAUGUCAAUUUUGCCUUCUUUUUAAAUCCAUGUUUAUAUUGUCUAGAAAGGCUUGUUUUCUAACGAGAACGUCACCAAAUACUUUUUCUGGGUCUAUUUUGCAUAAAACGAAACGUUCACAAAAUUUCAAAUUUUUGACCAAAACCAUGGACUAACCCCUUUGCAAAAAUGCCAAUUUUGUGGGUUUUUGAAACCGAUGUUUUUUUUUUUUGUUCAGAAAGGCUUGUUUGCUAUAUAAAACGUCGAAAAUCGUUUUUUCACGAUCUAUUUUCACGAUCUAUGACAUGGGAAUACAGGGGGGGGGUUACAAGGGGUUACAGGGGGGUUACAAGGGGUUACAAGGGGUUACAAGGGGUUACAAGGGGUUACAGGGGGGUUACAAGGGGUUACAGGGGUGACAGGGGGACAAGGGUGACAAGGGGGGUGACAGGGGGGCUACAGGGGUUGCAAAGGAUUAUAGAAACUUUUUUCUAACUAGAACGUUCCCAGAUGCUUUUUCUUGGUCUAUUUUGCAUAAAAAUCAAAGUUGAAGAAAUCUCUAAUUUUUGAUCAAAACGAUGGACUAAUCCCAUUGGAAAAAUUCUAAUUUUGCGUUUUUCGCAAACAGUUGUUUUAUAGUCUUUAAAGGCUUCUUUUUAUCUAGAACGUCAGCAAACACUUUUUCUCGAUCUAUUUUUGAUAAAUACAAAAGAUGAAAAAACUUCAACUUUUUGACCAAAAUCAUGGACUAUCCCCUUUGCAAAAAUGUCAAUUUUGCCUUCUUUUUUUAAAUCCAUGUUUAUAUUGUCUAGAAAGGCUUGUUUUCUAACGAGAACGUCACCAAAUACUUUUUCUGGGUCUAUUUUGCAUAAAACGAAACGUUCACAAAAUUUCAAAUUUUUGACCAAAACCAUGGACUAACCCCUUUGCAAAAAUGCCAAUUUUGUGGGUUUUUGAAACCGAUGUUUUUUUUUUGUUCAGAAAGGCUUGUUUGCUAUAUAAAACGUCGAAAAUCGUUUUUUCACGAUCUAUUUUCACGAUCUAUGACAUGGGAAUACAGGGGGUUACAACAAGGGGUUACAAGGGGUUACAAGGGGUUACAAGGGGUUACAAGGGGUUACAAGGGGUUACAAGGGGUUACAGGGGUUACAGGGGUGACAGGGGGUGACAAGGGGGGACAAGGGGACUACAGGGGGGGUUGCAAAGGAUUAUAGAAACUUUUUUCUAACUAGAACGUUCCCAGAUACUUUUUCUUGGUCUAUUUUGCAUAAAAAUCAAAGUUGAAGAAAUCUCUAAUUUUUGAUCAAAACGAUGGACUAACCCCUUUGGAAAAAUUCUAAUUUUGCGUUUUUCGUAAACAGUUGUUUUUAUAGUCUUUAAAGGCUUCUUUUUUAUAUAGAACGUCAGCAAAUACUUUUUCUCGAUCUAUUUUUGAUAAAUAAAAAAGAUGAAAAAACUUCAACUUUUUUAACCAAAAUCAUGGACUAUCCCCUUUGCAAAAAUGCCAGUUUUGCCUUCUUUUUAAAUCCUUGUUUAUAUUGUCUAGAAAGGCUUGUUUUCUAAGGAGAACGUCACCAAAUACUUUUCCUGGGUGUAUUUUGCAUAAAACGAAACGUUCACAAAAUUUUAAAUUUUUGGCCAAAACCAUGGACUAACCCCUUUGCAAAAAUGCCAAUUUUGUGGGUUUUUGAAACCGAUGUUUUUUUUGUUCAGAAAGGCUUGUUUGCUAUAUAAAACGUCGAAAAUCGUUUUUUCACGAUCUAUUUUCACGAUCUAUGACAUGGGAAUACAGGGGGUUACAAGGGGUUACAGGGGGUUACAAGGGGUUACAAGGGGUUACAGAAGGUUACAAGGGGUUACAAGGGGUGACAGGGGGUGACAAGGGGCUACAGGGGGUUGCAAAGGAUUAUAGAAACUUUUUUCUAACUAGAACGUUCCCAGAUGCUUUUUCUUGGUCUAUUUUGCAUAAAAAUCAAAGUUGAAGAAAUCUCUAAUUUUUGAUCAAAACGAUGGACUAAUCCCAUUGGAAAAAUUCUAAUUUUGCGUUUUUCGCAAACAGUUGUUUUUAUAGUCUUUAAAGGCUUCUUUUUUAUCUAGAACGUCAGCAAACACUUUUUCUCGAUCUAUUUUUGAUAAAUACAAAAGAUGAAAAAACUUCAACUUUUGACCAAAAUCAUGGACUAUCCCCUUUGCAAAAAUGUCAAUUUUGCCUUCUUUUUAAAUCCAUGUUUAUAUUGUCUAGAAAGGCUUGUUUUCUAACGAGAACGUCACCAAAUACUUUUUCUGGGUCUAUUUUGCAUAAAACGAAACGUUCACAAAAUUUCAAAUUUUUGACCAAAACCAUGGACUAACCCUUUGCAAAAAAUGCCAAUUUUGUGGGUUUUUGAAACCGAUGUUUUUUUUUUUCAGAAAGGCUUGUUUGCUAUAUAAAACGUCGAAAAUCGUUUUUUCACGAUCUAUUUUCACGAUCUAUGACAUGGGAAUACAGGGGUUACAAGGGGUUACAGGGGUUACAAGGGGGGUACAAGGGGUUACAAGGGGUUACAAGGGGUUACAGGGGUUACAAGGGGUUACAGGGGGGUGACAGGGGGGUGACAAGGGGGGCUAGGGGUUGCAAAGGAUUAUAGAAACUUUUUCUAACUAGAACGUUCCCAGAUGCUUUUUCUUGGUCUAUUUUGCAUAAAAAUCAAAGUUGAAGAAAUCUCUAAUUUUUGAUCAAAACGAUGGACUAAUCCCAUUGGAAAAAUUCUAAUUUUGCGUUUUUCGCAAACAGUUGUUUUUAUAGUCUUUAAAGGCUUCUUUUUUAUCUAGAACGUCAGCAAACACUUUUUCUCGAUCUAUUUUUGAUAAAUACAAAAGAUGAAAAAACUUCAACUUUUUGACCAAAAUCAUGGACUAUCCCCUUUGCAAAAAUGUCAAUUUUGCCUUCUUUUUAAAUCCAUGUUUAUAUUGUCUAGAAAGGCUUGUUUUCUAACGAGAACGUCACCAAAUACUUUUUCUGGGUCUAUUUUGCAUAAAACGAAACGUUCACAAAAUUUCAAAUUUUUGACCAAAACCAUGGACUAACCCCUUUGCAAAAAUGCCAAUUUUGUGGGUUUUUGAAACCGAUGUUUUUUUUGUUCAGAAAGGCUUGUUUGCUAUAUAAAACGUCGAAAAUCGUUUUUUCACGAUCUAUUUUCACGAUCUAUGACAUGGGAAUACAGGGGGUUACAAGGGGUUACAGGGGGUUACAAGGGGUUACAAGGGGUUACAAGGGGUUACAAGGGGUGACAGGGGGUGACAAGGGGUUACAGGGGGUUGCAAAGGAUUAUAGAAACUUUUUUCUAACUAGAACGUUCCCAGAUUCUUUUUCUUGGUCUAUUUUGCAUAAAAAUCAAAGUUGAAGAGAUCUCUAAUUUUUGAUCAAAACGAUGGACUAAUCCCAUUGGAAAAAUUCUAAUUUUGCGUUUUUCGUAAACAGUUGUUCUUAUAGUCUUUAAAGGCUUCUUUUUUAUCUAGAACGUCAGCAAACACUUUUUCUCGAUCUAUUUUUGAUAAAUACAAAAGAUGAAAAACCUUCAACUUUUUUACCAAAAUAAUGGACUAUCCCCUUUGCAAAAAUGUCAAUUUUGCCUUCUUUUUAAAUCCAUGUUUAUAUUGUCUAGAAAGGCUUGUUUUCUAACGAGAACGUCACCAAAUACUUUUUCUGGGUCUAUUUUGCAUAAAACGAAACGUUCACAAAAUUUCAAAUUUUUGACCAAAACCAUGGACUAACCCCUUUGCAAAAAUGCCAAUUUUGUGGGUUUUUGAAACCGAUGUUUUUUUUGUUCAGAAAGGCUUGUUUGCUAUAUAAAACGUCGAAAAUCGUUUUUUCACGAUCUAUUUUCACGAUCUAUGACAUGGGAAUACAGGGGGUUACAAGGGGUUACAAGGGGUUACAAGGGGUUACAGGGGGUUACAAGGGGUUACAAGGGGUGACAGGGGGUGACAAGUGGUUACAGGGGGUUGCAAAGGAUUAUAGAAACUUUUUUCUAACUAGAACGUUCCCAGAUGCUUUUUUUUGGUCUAUUUUGCAUAAAAAUCAAAGUUGAAGAAAUCUCUAAUUUUUGAUCAAAACGAUGGACUAAUCCCUUUGGAAAAAUUCUAAUUUUGCGUUUUUCUUAAACAGUUGUUCUUAUAGUCUUUAAAGGCUUCUUUUUUAUCUAGAACGUCAGCAAACACUUUUUCUCGAUCUAUUUUUGAUAAAUACAAAAGAUGAAAAAACUUCAACUUUUUGACCAAAAUCAUGGACUAUCCCCUUUGCAAAAAUGUCAAUUUUGCCUUCUUUUUAAAUCCAUGUUUAUAUUGUCUAGAAAGGCUUGUUUUCUAACGAGAACGUCACCAAAUACUUUUUCUGGGUCUAUUUUGCAUAAAACGAAACGUUCACAAAAUUUCAAAUUUUUGACCAAAACCAUGGACUAACCCCUUUGCAAAAAUGCCAAUUUUGUGGGUUUUUGAAACCGAUGUUUUUUUUGUUCAGAAAGGCUUGUUUGCUAUAUAAAACGUCGAAAAUCGUUUUUUCACGAUCUAUUUUCACGAUCUAUGACAUGGGAAUACAGGGGUUACAAGGGGUUACAAGGGUUACAAGGGGUUACAAGGGGUUACAAGGGGGGUUACAAGGGGUUACAAGGGGUUACAGGGGUGACAAGGGUGACAAGGGGUUACAGGGGGGGGUUGCAAAGGAUUAUAGAAACUUUUUUCUAACUAGAACGUUCCCAGAUGCUUUUUUUUGGUCUAUUUUGCAUAAAAAUCAAAGUUGAAGAAAUCUCUAAUUUUUGAUCAAAACGAUGGACUAAUCCCAUUGGAAAAAUUCUAAUUUUGCGUUUUUCGUAAACAGUUGUUCUUAUAGUCUUUAAAGGCUUCUUUUUUAUCUAGAACGUCAGCAAACACUUUUUCUCGAUCUAUUUUUGAUAAAUACAAAAGAUGAAAAAACUUCAACUUUUUGACCAAAAUCAUGGACUAUCCCCUUUGCAAAAAUGUCAAUUUUGCCUUCUUUUUAAAUCCAUGUUUAUAUUGUCUAGAAAGGCUUGUUUUCUAACGAGAACGUCACCAAAUACUUUUUCUGGGUGUAUUUUGCAUAAAACGAAACGUUAACAAAAUUUCCAAUUUUUGACCAAAACCAUGGACUAACCCCCUUUGCAAAAAUGCCAAUUUUGUGGGUUUUUGAAACCAAUGUUUUUUUGUUCAGGAAGGCUUGUUUGCUAUAUAAAACGUCGAAAAUCGUUUUUUCACGGUCUAUUUUCACGAUCUAUGACAUGGGAAUACAGGGGGUUACAAGGGGUUACAGGGGGUUACAAGGGGUUACAAGGGGUUGCAAGGGGUUACAAGGGUUACAGGGGUUACAAAGGGGUUACAGGGGUGACAGGGGGGGGUGACAAGGGGCUACAGGGGUUGCAAAGGAUUAUAGAAACUUUUUUCUAACUAGAACGUUCCCAGAUGCUUUUUCUUGGUCUAUUUUGCAUAAAAAUCAAAGUUGAAGAAAUCUCUAAUUUUUGAUCAAAACGAUGGACUAAUCCCAUUGGAAAAAUUCUAAUUUUGCGUUUUUCGCAAACAGUUGUUUUAUAGUCUUUAAAGGCUUCUUUUUUUGUCUAGAACGUCAGCAAACACUUUUUCUCGAUCUAUUUUUGAUAAAUACAAAAGAUGAAAAAAACUUCAACUUUUGACCAAAAUCAUGGACUAUCCCUUUGCAAAAAUGUCAAUUUUGCCUUCUUUUUAAAUCCAUGUUUAUAUUGUCUAGAAAGGCUUGUUUUCUAACGAGAACGUCACCAAAUACUUUUUCUGGGUCUAUUUUGCAUAAAACGAAACGUUCACAAAAUUUCAAAUUUUUGACCAAAACCAUGGACUAACCCUUUGCAAAAAUGCCAAUUUUGUGGGUUUUUGAAACCGAUGUUUUUUUUUUUGUUCAGAAAGGCUUGUUUGCUAUAUAAAACGUCGAAAAUCGUUUUUUUUUACAAUCUAUUUUCACGAUCUAUGACAUGGGAAUACAGGGGUUACCAGGGGUUACAGGGGGUUACAAGGGGUUACAAAGGGGGUUACAAGGGGUUACAAGGGGUUACAGGGGUUACAAGGGGUUACAGGGGGUGACAGGGGGUGACAAGGGGUUACAGGGGUUGCAAAGGAUUAUAGAAACUUUUUUCUAACUAGAACGUUCCCAGAUACUUUUUCUUGCUCUAUUUUGCAUAAAAAUCAAAGUUGAAGAAAUUUCUAAUUUUUGAUCAAAACGACGGACUAACCCCUUUCGAAAAAUCCUAAUUUUGCGUUUUUCGUAAACAAUUGUUUUUAUGGUCUGUAAAGGCUUCUUUUUUAUCUAGAACGUCAGCAAACACUUUUUGUCGAUCUAUUUUUGAUAAAUACAAAAGAUGAAAAAUCUCAACUUUUUGACCAAAAUCAUGGACUAUCCCCUUUGCAAAAAUGCCAAUUUUGCCUUCUUUUUAAAUCCAUGUUUAUAUUGUCUAGAAAGGCUUGUUUUCUAACGAGAACGUCACCAAAUACUUUUUCUGGGUGUAUUUUGCAUAAAACGAAACGUUCACAAAAUUUCAAAUUUUUGACCAAAACCAUGGAUUAAUUCCUUUGCAAAAAUGCCAAUUUUGUGGGUUUUUAAAACCGAUGUUGUUUUUUGUUCAGAAAGGCUUGUUUGCUAUAUAAAACUUCGAAAAUCAUUUUUUGGACGAUUUAUUUUCACGAUCUAAGACAUGGGAAUACAGGGGGCUAUCAGGAGUUACAAGGGGUUACUAAGGGGGGGGUUACAACAAACAAAGGGGUUACAAGGGUGACAGGGGGUGACAAGGGGCUACAUGGGGUUGCAAAGGAUUAUAGAAACCUUUUUCUAACUAGAACGUUCCCAGAUACUUUUUCUUGGUCUAUUUUGCAUUAAAAUCAAAGUUGAAGAAAUCUCUAAUUUUUGAUCAAAACGACGGACUUAGCCCUUUGGAAAAAUUAUAAUUUUGCGUUUUUUGUAAACAGUUGUUUUUAUAGUCUUUAAAGGCUUCUUUUUUAUCUAGAACGUCAGCAAACACUUUUUCUUGAUCUAUUUUUGAUAAAUACAAAAGAUGAAAAAACUUCAACUUUUUCACCAAAAUCAUGGACUAUCCCCUUUGCAAAAAUGCCAAUUUUGCCUUCUUUUUAAAUCCAUGUUUAUAUUGUCUAGAAAGGCUGGUUUUGUAACGAGAACGUCACCAAAUACUUUUUCUGGGUGUAUUUUGCAUAAAACGAAACGUUCACAAAAUUUCAAAUUUUUGACCAAAACCAUGGAUUAAUUCCUUUGGAAAAGUGCCAAUUUUGUGGGUUUUUGAAACCGAUGUUUUUUCUGUUCAGAAAGGCUUGUUUGCUAUACAAAACGUCGAAAAUCGUUUUUUGCCGAUUUAUUUUCACAAUCUAUGACAUGGGAAUACAGGGGGUUACAAGGGGUUACAGGGGGUUACAAGGGGUUACAAGGGGUUACACAGGGUUACAAGGGGUUACAAGGGAUUACAAGGGGUGACAGGGGGUGACAAGGGGUUACAGGGGGUUACAAAGGAUUAUAGAAACCUUUUUCUAACUAGAACGUUCCCAGAUACUUUUUCUUGCUCUAUUUUGCAUAAAAAUCAAAUUUAUAGAAAUCUCUAAUUUUUGAUCAAAACGACGGACGAACCCCUUUGGAAAAAUUUGAAUUUUGCGUUUUUCGUAAACAGUUGUUUUUGUAGUCUUUAAAGGCUUCUUUUUUAUCUAGAACGUCAGCAAACACUUUUUCUCGAUCCAGUUUUGAUAAAUACAAAAGAUGAAAAAACUUCAACUUUUUGACCAAAAUCAUGGACUAUCCCCUUUGCAAAAAUGCCAAUUUUGCCUUCUUUUUAAAUCCAUGUUUAUAUUGUGUAGAAAGGCUUGUUUUCUAACGAGAACGUCACCAAAUACUUUUUCUGGGUGUAUUUUGCAUAAAACCAAACGUUCAAGACAUUUCAAAUUUUUGACCAAAACCAUGGACUAACCCCUUUGCAAAAAUGCCAAUUUUGUGGGUUUUUGAAACCGAUAUUUUUUUUGUUCAGAAAGGCUUGUUUGCUAUAUAAAACGUCGAAAAUCGUUUUUUGACAAUUUAUUUUAACGAUCUAUGACAUGGGAAUACAGGGGGUUACAAGGGGUUACAGGGGGUUACAAGGGGUUACAAGGGGUUACACGGGGUUACAAGGGGUUACAAGGGAUUACAAGGGGUGACAGGGGGUGACAAGGGGUUACAGGGGGUUACAAAGGAUUAUAGAAACCUUUUUCUAACUAGAACGUUCCCAGAUACUUUUUCUUGCUCUAUUUUGCAUAAAAAUCAAAUUUAUAGAAAUCUCUAAUUUUUGAUCAAAACGACGGACUAACCCCUUUGGAAAAAUUCGAAUUUUGCGUUUUUCGUAAACAGUUGUUUUUGUAGUCUUUAAAGGCUUCUUUUUUAUCUAGAACGUCAGCAAACACUUUUUCUCGAUCUAUUUUUGAUAAAUACAAAAGAUGAAAAAACUUCAACUUUUUCACCAAAAUCAUGGACUAUCCCCUUUGCAAAAAUGCCAAUUUUGCCUUCUUUUUAAAUCCAUGUUUAUAUUGUCUAGAAAGGCUUGUUUUCUAACGAGAACGUCACCAAAUACUUUUGCUGGGUGUAUUUUGCAUAAAACGAAAAGUUCACAACAUUUCAAAUUUUUGACCAAAACCAUGGAUUAAUUCCUUUGCAAAAAUGCGAAUUUUGUGGGUUUUUAAAACCGAUGUUUUUUUUGUUCAGAAAGCCUUGUUUGCUAUAUAAAACGUCGAAAAUCGUUUUUUGACAAUUUAUUUUAACGAUCUAUUACAUGGGAAUACAGGGGGUUACAAGGGAUUACACGGGGUUACAAGGGGUUACAAGGGAUUACAAGGGGUGACAUGGGGGUAACAAGGGGUUACAGGGGGUUACAAAGGAUUAUAGAAACCUUUUUCUAACUAGAAAGUUCCAGAUACUUUUUCUUGCUCUCUUUUGCAUAAAAAUCAAAGUUGAAGAAGUCUCUAAUUUUUGAUCAAAACGACGGACUAACCCCUUUGGAAAAAUUCUAAUUUUGCGUUUUUCGUAAACAGUUGUUUUUAUGGUCUGUAAAGGCUUCUUUUUUAUCUAGAACGUCAGCAAACACUUUUUCUCGAUCUAUUUUUGAUAAAUACAAAAGAUGAAAAACUUCAACUUUUUGACCAAAAUCACGGACUAUCCCCUUUGCAAAAAUGCUUAUUUUGCCUUCUUUUUAAAUCCAUGUUUAUAUUGUCUAGAAAGGCUUGUUUUCUAACGAGAACGUCACCAAAUACUUUUUCUGGGUGUAUUUUGCAUAAAACGAAACGUUCACAAAAUUUCAAAUUUUUGACCAAAACCAUGGAUUAAUUCCUUUGCAAAAAUGCCAAUUUUGUGGGUUUUUAAAACCGAUGUUUUUUUUGUUCAGAAAGGCUUGUUUGCUAUAUAAAACGUCAAAAAUCAUUUAUGGACGAUCUAUUUUCACGAUCUAUGACAUGGGAAUACAGGGGGUUACAAGGGGUUACAAGGGGUUACUAGGGGUUACACGGGGUUACAAGGGGUUACAAGAGGUGACAGGGGGUGACAAGGGGUUACAGGGGGUUACAAAGGAUUAUAGAAACCUUUUUCUAACUAGAACGUUCCCAGAUACUUUUUCUUGGUCUAUUUUGCAUAAAAAUCAAAUUUGAAGAAAUCUCUAAUUUUUGAUCAAAACGACGGACUAACCCCUUUGGAAAAAUUCGAAUUUUGCGUUUUUCGUAAACAGUUGUUUUUAUAGUCUUUAAAGGCUUCUUUUUUUGUCUAGAAAGUCACCAAGUACUUUUUCUGGGUGUAUUUUGCAUAAAACGAACAUUCACAAAAUUUCAAAUUUUUGACCAAAACCAUGGACUAACCCCUUUGCAAAAAUGCGAAUUUUGUGGGUUUUUAAAACCGAUGUUUUUUUUGUUCAGAAAGCCUUGUUUGCUAUAUAAAACGUCGAAAAUCGUUUUUUGACAAUUUAUUUUAACGAUCUAUUACAUGGGAAUACAGGGGGUUACCAGGGAUUACAGGGGGUUACAAGGGGUUACAAGGGGUUACACGGGGUUACAAGGGGUGACAUGGGGGUGAAGGGGGGGUUACAGGGGGUUACAAAGGAUUAUUGAAACUUUUUUCUAACUUCAAAGUUCCAGAUACUUUUUUUUGCUUAUUUUGCAUAAAAAUCAAAGUUGAAGAAAUCUCUAAUUUUUGAUCAAAACGACGGACUAACCCCUUUGGAAAAGUUCUAAUUUUGCGUUUUUCGUAAACAGUUGUUUUUAUGGUCUUUAAAGGCUUCUUUUUUAUCUAGAACGUCAGCAAACACUUUUUCUCGAUCUAUUUUUGAUAAAUACGAAAGAUGAAAAACUUCAACUUUUUGACCAAAAUCACGGACUAUCCCCUUUGCAAAAAUGCUUAUUUUGCCUUCUUUUUAAAUCCAUGUUUAUAUUGUCUAGAAAGGCUUGUUUUCUAACGAGAACGUCACCAAAUACUUUUUCUGGGUGUAUUUUGCAUACAACGAAACGUUCACAAAAUUUCAAAUUUUUGACCAAAACCAUGGAUUAAUUCCUUUGCAAAAAUGCCAAUUUUGUGGGUUUUUUAAACCGAUGUUGUUUUUUGUUCAGAAAGGCUUGUUUGCUAUAUAAAACGUCGAAAAUCAUUUUUUGGACGAUUUAUUUUCACGAUCUAAGACAUGGGAAUACAGGGGGUUACCAGGGGUUACAAGGGGUCACUAGGGGUUACACGGGGUUACAAGGAGUUACAAGGGGUGACAGGGGGUGACAAGGGGUUACAUGGGGUUACAAAGGAUUGUAUAUAGAAACCUUUUUCUAACUAGAACGUUCCCAGAUACUUUUUCUUGGUCUAUUUUGCAUUAAAAUCAAAGUUGAAGAAAUCUCUAAUUUUUGAUCAAAACGACGGACUUAGCCCUUUGGAAAAAUUCUAAUUUUGCGUUUUUCGUAAACAGUUGUUUUUAUAGUCUUUAAAGGCUUCUUUUUUAUCUAGAACGUCAGCAAACACUUUUUCUCGAUCUAUUUUUGAUAAAUACAAAAGAUGAAAAAACUUCAACUUUUUGACCAAAAUCACCGACUAUCCCCUUUGCAAAAAUGCCAAUUUUGCUUUCUUUUUAAAUCCAUGUUUAUAUUGUUUAGAAAGGCUUGUUUUCUAACGAGAACGUCACAAAAUACUUUUUCUGGGUGUAUUUUGCAUAAAACGAAACGUUCACAAAAUUUCAAAAUUUUGACCAAAACCAUGGACUAACCCCUUUGCAAAAAUGCCAAUUUUGUGGGUUUUUAAAACCGAUGUUUUUGUUUUGUUCAGAAAGGCUUGUUUGUUAUAUAAAACGUCGAAAAUCGUUUUUUGACAAUUUAUUUUAACGAUCUAUGACAUGGGAAUACAGGGGGUUACAAGGGAUUACAGGGAGUUACAAGGGGUUACAAGGGGUUACACGGGGUUACAAUGGGUUACAAGGGAUUACAGGGGGUGACAUGGGGGUGACAAGGGGUUACAGGGGGUUACAAAGGAUUAUAGAAAUUUUUUUCUAAUUAGAAAGUUCCAGAUACUUUUUCUUGCUCUAUUUUGCAUAAAAAUCAAAGUUGAAGAAAUCUCUAAUUUUUGAUCAAAACUACGGACUAACCGCUGUGGAAAAAUUCGAAUUUUGCGUUUUUCGUAAACAGUUGUUUUUAUGGUCUGUAAAGGCUUCUUUCUUAUCUAGAACGUCAGCAAACACUUUUUCUCGAUCUAUGUUUGAUAAAUACAAAAGAUGAAAAAACUUCAACUUUUUGACCAAAAUCAUGGACUAUCCUCUUUGCAAAAAUGCAAAUUUUGCCUUCUUUUUAAAUCCAUGUUGAUAUUGUCUAGAAAGGCUUGUUUUCUAACGAGAACGUCACCAAAUACUUUUCCUGGGUGUAUUUUGGGUAAAACAAAACGUUCCCAAAAUUUGAAAUUUUUGACCAAAACCAUGGACUAACCCCUUUGCCAAAAUGCUAAUUUUGUGGGUUUUUGAAACCGAUGUUUUUUUGGUUCAGAAAGGCCUGUUUGCUAUAUAAAACGUCGAAAAUCAUUUUUUGACGAUUUAUUUUUACGAUCUAUGACAUGGGAAUACAGGGGGUUUCAAGGGGUUACAAGGGGUUGCAAGGGUUGACAGGGGGUGACAAGGGGUUGCAGGGGGUUACAAAGGAUUAUAGAAACCUUUUCCUAACUAGAACGUUCCCAGAUACUUUUUCUUGGUCUAUUUUGCAUAAAAAUCAAAGUUGAAGAAAUCUCUAAUUUUUGAUCAAAACGAUGGAAUAAGCCCUUUGGAAAUAUUCUAAUUUUGCGUUUUUCGUAAACAGUUGUUUUUAUAGUCUUUAAAGGCUUCUUUUUUAUCUAGAACGUCAGCAAACCCUUUUUGUCGAUCUAUGUUUGAUAAAUACAAAAGAUGAAAAAACUUCAACUUUUUGACCAAAAUCACGGACUAUCCCCUUUGCAAAAAUGCCAAUUUUGCCUUCUUUUUAAAUCCAUGUUUAUAUUGUGUAGAAAGGCUUGUUUUCUAACGAGAACGUCACCAAAUACUUUUUCUGGGUGUAUUUUGCAUAAAACCAAACGUUCACAAAAUUUUAAAUUUUUGACCAAAACCAUGGACUAAUCCCUUUGCAAAAAUGCCAAUUUUGUGGGUUUUUGAAACCGAUGUUUUUUUUGUUCAGAAAGGCUUGUUUUCUAUAUAAAACGUCGAAAAUCGUUUUUUGACGAUUUAUUUUCAGGAUCUAUGACAUGGGAAUACAGGGGGUUACAAGGGGUUACAGGGGGUUACAAGGGGUUACAAGGGGUUACAGGGGG